GGCCGUCGGUUGUUUCGAAUCCAACGGUCCUCGUGCUUCUUGACGCCAAGGGUUCUGGUGAUGGCGAUGGCGCUGGCGCGCGCCCGGGUAGCGCAUUUUGCGAGAGGCGCGGCCGGGAUCGCGCAGCACAGGAGGGGCAAUACGACCUCUAUUCACGACUUUGAUCUGUUUGGCAAAAUGAAAGAGAGCUCGGGGCGCGUCGCCGUGGAUGCACUAAGUGAGGAAAGCUUCUCGGUGGAUCAGGUCGAAUAUUUCGAUUCAAUCAUAUGCCUUAGCAAGUUUGUCCUGUCAUGGACUCCGAAAACGUUUGAAGAAAUCACCCCCGAAAGCUUGGCGAUUGUUGAUCUACUGACUCCAACUCCAGAGAUCUUGGUGCUCGGAACCGGGAACACGACGAAGUUUCCCAGCAAAGAAGUGAAGGAGUUUCUUAAAUCCAGAAAUAUCAAGAUCGAAUCCGUCGAUUCGAGGCAUGCUGCCAUCGCAUUCAAUUUCAUGAACGUCGAGUGCCGCGACGUAGUGGCCGCAAUGCUGCCUUGCGGCAAAGAACCCGAGCGCACCCAUCCUUUCUAAGAACUUGCCACACUCCUUCGUCGCCAAAAGGGGCGUUUGCUCGAUCCAAUCCAUCAAUCACUUCAAGGAUUCAGACAGUACCAGAGAAUCGAUUUUUAUUUUUCUCCUGCCUUUUGCACACUCGUCAACUCUGCAGUGCCAAAACGGUGGAGGAAAGGAGAGAGAAUGCAAAAAAAUGGAGGAAGAAAGCUUAAGUUACAAUAUAAACUGGCCCGACGCGUUCGUCUCGAGCGAAA